GUUUUAUUGGCACAUUUUUAUUAUUUUAUCAGUUCAUUAUCAGCAGUGAUACAUUUACCGCUAAAACCAAAUUUGAUGUGGAAAAUACAUAAUAUCAUGUUCGUACGCAAAUUGAUUUUUGCAAAUAAGAAGGUGGUGUGGCGAGGUUUGUGCACCAAAAUGAGUGUCAAAGAAGGUCUGUUUACCCCUGUGGGGGAAUCCAUUGAGAAGACUUCCAGUAGGGUCACAGUUGUUGGUACAGGAGCAGUAGGAAUGGCUACUGUUGUUAGUUUGCUGAUGCAGGGUAUAACCCAUGACGUUGUUCUAAUGGAUGUAAUGGAAGACAAGCUAAAAGGUGAAUUAAUGGAUCUUCAACAUGGAGCUUUGUUUUUGAAAAAUCCCAAAAUUGUUGCGAGCAAAGAUUACAAAGAUUCAGCAGGUUCAAAGAUUUGCAUCGUCACCGCCGGAGCCAGACAACAAGAAGGUGAAUCACGUCUAGCUUUAGUCCAAAGAAACACCGACAUCUUCAAACAUAUCAUCCCACCUCUAGUGCAGUAUUCCCCCGACACGAUUUUAAUGAUCGUCAGCAAUCCGUGUGAUAUUUUGACAUACGUGGCUUGGAAAUUGUCAGGGCUGCCACAACACAAAGUGUUUGGUUCCGGAACCAACCUCGAUACGUCUAGAUUUAGGUUUUUAAUUUCCGAGAGAUUGGGCUGCAGCUCCAACAGUGUUCACGGAUGGAUUAUUGGAGAACACGGUGAUACUAGUGUUCCUGUCUGGUCUGGAGUUAACGUCGCUGGAGUGCGUUUGAAAGACGUUCAACCCAAGGUUGGUACAGAUGACGAUCCAGAAGAAUGGAAAAAGCUUCAUUCACAAGUAGUAAAUUCAGCAUACGAAAUCAUCAAACUAAAAGGAUAUACCAACUGGGCUAUAGGCCUUAGUGCAGCCUCUUUGACCAAUACAAUUUUGAAAAAUCUUCAUCACGUCCAUGCAGUAUCUGUCAUGGUUAAGGGAUUCCAUGACAUCAAAUCCGAAGUAUACUUAUCUUUACCUGUAAUGCUGAAUUCAAACGGCGUUAGUCAUGUUAUUCAACAGCAACUUACAGAAGAAGAAACAAAGGCUCUUCAGAAAUCUGCCGCAGUGAUGGAAGAGGUGCAAAGUGGAAUAAAACUGUAAUUUUGGUUCCUUCCUCUAUGUGUGAUAUACCUUCAAUCUUAGUUAAGUUUAAUUUAUUUGUUGAAUGUGUAGUAUUAUUUUUGAGGAUAGACUGUAUAGUUUAAGCUUAUUUUGAAGUAUUUUUAGAAUUUUACUAUGCUUAAAUAAUUUAUUACGAUUCGCGAAUAUUCGAGUGUGUUUAGGUGAUCAUUUGCUGUAUUAUUUUUAUAUAUUAUGUAUAUAAUUUUAUGUGUCUCCUAUUUUGACUAUCUUACCAAAAUGAGUGUUACUGGACAAAAAGUACUAAGCUGAAAUAGUUGAAAUUUCUUAGCCACAUUUCCUACUCCACUACCUUUCUCUUUCGUUUAGAAUAUGUACACAAAAUUAACUUCUUAAACCAGUAAAUUAAUUCUUAUUUAUCUAUAUUUUAUUAUAUUGUUAGUUUUUUCGGUUUUGACAACUUUUAUAUUAAACUUUAUUUAUUUUAGUUUAAUUUUGUAAUUCCAUGUAUCUGCCACGUCAUGUAUUAUUUAGACUGAUUUUUAUUGUAAUAAAUUAUAUUUUUGUAUGAUUCCUUUUAAAAAAACUAUUUUAUUUUAAAUUUAAACUAUGACUGC